CGUGGGAGGCACGAAACCCUUCCACGCGUGGGGAGGUAUUUAUAGCGGCUGACGAGGCGGGGUGCGAAGAUGCGAGCUCUCGCGGCGGCGGCGGCGGCAGCGGCGACCACUGCAGCGGCGGCGCCUUCUUCCUCCCCCGCGCGCUUCCGUCUCCGCCUCGUCGUCACCCCGCGCGCCUCGUUAGGUCACUGUAGAGCAUCUUCCUCCGCAAGGUCACCGAGGAGAGCCUGUUACGCGACCACCAUGGGGGACGAGACCUCCACCUCCGUCGACACGCAGUCGCAUGAACCUGCAGGAGUGGGAGCUGGGAGUGUCAAGCAACAGCUCUCCAAGUUGGUUACUGCAUCACUCCAGACUACGGUCCCCGAAGUGGAAGUAGAGCCUAUGGUUGAAGUUUGUACAGGAAAGUUUGGUGAUUACCAGUGCAACAAUGCAAUGGGAUUAUGGUCAAGAAUUAAAGGAUCUGGGACAAGUUUCAAGAAUCCCAAUGCAAUUGGACAGGCCAUUGCCAAGAACCUGCCUCCAUCUGACAUUAUUGAAUCCACAUCUGUUGCUGGACCUGGUUUUGUGAAUAUUGCCUUGUCCAACAGCUGGGUUGCAAAGAGAAUACAAGAUAUGCUUGUGAAUGGUAUCAAAACAUGGGCACCAAUCCUGCCAGUUAAGAGGGCGGUGCUUGAUUUUUCAUCCCCUAAUAUUGCGAAGGAAAUGCAUGUCGGGCAUUUAAGAUCAACAAUCAUUGGAGACACCCUUGCCUGCAUGUUUGAAUUCUCCAAUGUUGAAGUUCUCCGCCGUAAUCAUGUUGGGGACUGGGGCACACAGUUUGGAAUGCUCAUACAAUAUCUAUUCGAAAAAUUCCCAAACUGGGAGGAAAUAGGUAGCCAGGCUAUUGGUGACCUUCAGACUUUCUAUAAAGCGUCCAAGAACAGAUUUGAUGGUGAUCCGGAAUUUAAAGAUAGAGCUCAACAAGCAGUUGUUAGACUACAGGGAGGGGAAGAGAGAUAUCGUGCUGCUUGGAACAAGAUUUGUGAAAUCAGCAGGAAUGAAUUUGACUUGGUGUACAAGCGCUUAAAUGUAAAGCUCGAAGAAAAGGGAGAGAGCUUUUAUAAUCCCUAUAUCCCGCAAGUCUUGGAGGAAUUGAAUAACAAAGGAUUAAUAAACGAAAGUGAGGGUGCUAAAGUAAUAUUCAUAGAAGGUCAUCAAAUCCCUUUGAUAGUCGUCAAAAGAGAUGGUGGCUUUAACUAUGCCUCGACAGACUUAACUGCUCUAUGGUAUCGGCUUAAUGUUGAGAAGGCAGAAUGGAUAAUAUAUGUAACAGAUGUUGGGCAGCAGCAGCACUUUGACAUGUUCUUUAGUGCUGCCAGAAUGGCUGGCUGGCUUCCAGAUGCAAAAGAAAAGAAGUUUCCGAAAACAAAUCAUGUUGGGUUUGGCCUUGUUCUUGGAUCAGAUGGCAAGCGUUUCCGAACUCGUAGUACUGAAGUUGUUCGAUUGAUAGAGCUACUUGAUGAGGCUAAAUCUCGUAGCAAAUCAGAACUUCUCCAGCGACUCACAGAAAAUGGUAAAAUUGUUGACUGGACUGAGGAGGAACUAGAAAAUACUUCAGAAGCAGUAGGAUAUGGUGCUGUCAAGUACGCAGAUCUGAAGAACAAUCGUCUUACCAAUUACACAUUUAGCUUUGAACAAAUGCUGAGUGAUAAGGGAAACACUGCUGUCUACCUUCAGUAUGCCCAUGCUCGCAUUUGUUCUAUAAUCAGGAAAUCCAACAAGGAUGUGGAAGAGCUAAAAAUGAGUGGUUCCAUUUCUCUUGAUCAUCCAGAUGAACGCGUCUUGGGACUGUAUCUGAUCCGAUUUGCAGAGGUUGUGGAAGAGGCGUGUACCAACCUACUUCCAAAUGUCCUGUGUGAAUACCUGUACAACCUUUCUGAAAUGUUCACAAGAUUUUACACCAACUGCCAGGUUGUUGGAUCGCCGGAGGAGACGAGCCGACUGCUGCUCUGUCAAGCGACGGCGGUCGUGAUGCGACAAUGCUUUGAGCUGCUCGGGAUCACACCAGUUUACAAGCUUUAAUCGGGCCCACGUUCGAUUGCCAUCUCUAUACCCAAUUUUCAUACAAAACGUCUUUAAUGGUUGCAGUUCUUUUUGUCAUGUAACCCCAGAUGAUGACGCUUCUGACAUAUUCUGAUCUCGGUUGCUGCACUCGAACGCAACAAUUGGAAAGGCCGUAGCAAAGAAAGAUUUUCCUUGUUUGAUUUCUUGCA